AUGCGCCGGCGACUCAUACCAUUACUGUUCACGGUGUUCCAUUUCUUUGAGACCUACCGAAAUCUUCACCUACAAUAUAUCCAAGAACACGGUCAUGGCGUCGAACGGGUACCAUAUACCCUAAACCCUAUCGAAGUUCAGAUCAUGAGCAUGUACGACGACCGUACCCUACUACAAGUCCACCAAGUCUUCCCUCUAGUAGUAUCCUCUUUCUGCAGAAGACUAAGACCACCUUCGUAUGUUGGUCGUGUGGAAAAGACCAUCAGGGGUUACUUGCGGGACAAGCCGCCAGAUGAGGUACACGUUGCUGUCCUAUGUUUGGGUGGUUUGCGGCAAGUAGAACGAUUCUGGGAGAUAAAGGGCUACAACACACGAAGAGCGGCAGUCGACAUCUGGUAUAGUGGCAUUCAGGAAACUAAGGAAACUCCUAAAGUUGCAGAGCCUGCCGAACCAAAACAGCGCCGAGGACUCAUGGGAUUGGGACGCAAGAAGUCAUCUUGGGGGAUCCGGGAUGCUGCCAAGUCAUCUUCGCACGAGAAACCGCUACCACCCCUACCGAUGGAGGCCACCAUGUCGCCGAUGGAUCCUGUGCCCAACCUGGUUUUCAACACAAGCUUAUCGGCUGGCAUGCCCAUGGGACAAUUAUCAAUAGAGCAAUAUAAAACUCUACUAGACGACCUCCCGGUUCUACAAAAGAUUUGGCUCACGACAGCUGAGGCCUUAAUUCUCGAGAGGAAGAUCGUCGAGCGGCCAAUUGAUAUCAAGCGGAACGCCCAGGUCAUGCUGGAGCUGAUUCGCGAGGACGGUGUGGCCGAAGAGGACGAAUGGUGGUAUGGCCGGGGAACAUCAGAUUCGAUCCGGCCGCCGCUCGAGGCUAUAGACGAGGAUCCUAUCGAAUGA